AGGUGGUGCUGCCCGCCCUUCCUUCUCCUCUGCCGCCUCCGCGCCGCGCCGGACGGUGACAGAGCGGCGGAGGUAGCCGCGAGCGCCGCCGCCAGGGCCCGGGGAAGCCGCCGGCGCUGCCGCUGGCCAUGGUGGCCCGCCUGCCGCCGGCGGAGCAGGAGCAGGCGCGGCGGCGGCGGCCGCCAUUGCGCGCGGGGGCCGCGGGAGUAUGAAGGAUGGAAGCGGACGAGGUGACGAUCCGCGAGCAGAACUUCCACAGCCAAGUGCGGGAGUACACGAUCUGUUUUCUCCUAUUUGCUGUUCUUUACAUAGUUUCCUACUUCAUAAUCACAAGAUACAAAAGGAAAGCAGAUGAGCAAGAAGAUGAAGAUGCCAUCGUUAACAGAAUAUCGCUGUUCUUGAGCACGUUCACUCUAGCAGUUUCAGCUGGUGCAGUCCUGCUUCUACCUUUCUCAAUAAUCAGCAAUGAGAUCCUGCUUUCUUUUCCACAAAACUACUAUAUUCAGUGGUUAAAUGGCUCACUAAUUCAUGGUUUAUGGAAUCUGGCUUCUCUGUUUUCAAAUUUAUGUUUGUUUGUGUUGAUGCCCUUUGCCUUUUUCUUUCUGGAAUCGGAAGGAUUUGCUGGCUUGAAAAAGGGCAUCAGAGCACGCAUUUUGGAAACCCUUGUGAUGCUUAUUCUCCUUGCACUGCUUAUCUUUGGAAUCGUAUGGGUGGCUUCAGCACUCAUAGACAAUGAUGCUGCCAGUAUGGAGUCUUUGUAUGACCUCUGGGAAUUCUACCUCCCAUAUUUAUAUUCCUGUAUAUCACUGAUGGGAUGCUUGUUACUUCUCUUGUGCACGCCCGUGGGACUGUCACGGAUGUUUACAGUGAUGGGUCAGUUGCUCGUGAAGCCAACAAUCCUUGAAGACUUAGAUGAACAGAUGUAUAUCAUCACUUUAGAAGAAGCAGCAAUUCAGAGGAGGCUUAAUGGAGUAUCUUCCACGGUGGAAUCCCAGGCAGCAGAGUUGGAACGGGAGCUUGAAAAAGUGAAAAGCAAGAAAACAAAUUUAGAACGACGGAAAAAAGCUUCUGCUUGGGAAAGGAAUUUAGUCUAUCCAGCUGUUAUGAUAUUGCUACUGACUGAGACGUCCAUCUCAGUCCUUUUAGUUGCUCUCAACAUUCUUUACCUGUUGGUUGAUGAGACUGCAAUGCCGAAAGGAUCAGGGGGGCCUGGAAUAGGAAAUGCCUCUCUGUCCACCUUUGGAUUUGUGGGAGCAGCACUUGAAAUCAUUUUGAUAUUCUAUCUGAUGGUUUCCUCUGUCGUUGGCUUCUACAGUCUUCGUUUCUUCGAAAAUAUCACUCCCAGGAAGGAUGACACAACUAUGACAAAGAUCAUUGGAAACUGUGUCUCGAUCUUGGUGCUGAGCUCUGCUUUGCCAGUGAUGUCAAGGACACUGGGAAUCACCAGAUUUGAUCUGCUUGGAGACUUCGGAAGGUUUAACUGGCUGGGAAACUUCUACAUAGUGUUAUCUUACAACUUGCUGUUUGCCAUCAUGACGACAUUAUGUCUGGUCAGAAAGUUCACUUCUGCGGUGCGAGAGGAGCUCCUGAAGGCAUUAGGAUUAGAUAAACUUCACCUGUCAAACAAUCCAAGGGACUCGGAGACAAAGCCAUCUGCAAAUGGGCAUCAGAAAACACUGUGAUUAACGAUCACCUGCAAUCAACAGAGCUGAAAACAUCAACCUCACUGCAUUCCUGUCAUCUCAUCAGCAUUUUUAUAUUCAUUUAGUUGUUGAUAAUUUGGGUCCAACCUUGUUUCAUUUUUUAAAUGCUGUCUGGUUCUGAGGAAGUGUGGUAUAUCAGAUUCUUCUCUUUCCAGUGAACUUUUGGUUUAUUUUUUUAUUUCCCAGAAAGCUAAUGCAGGAGGUGCCUUGAAGACUGGAAGCUGAAGAGAAUAACUCAUUCCUUUUUAUUUGUCAACAGUCUCACAUCUUUAAAUAUAAACCUGCUGCCAUUUGAAUGCACAGUACCUCCUGUGUAAUACAGACACAGCUAUAAAGGAUAACAUUGGGACUUGGUUAAAAAGAAAAUAGACACACUUGAAUCCCAAUGCAACUAUUACUGGAAAUGUAGACUACCUGGAGUAGGUAUCCCUGACAGUAGAUAAAUAUUUCCACUAAGAACGUCUUAAAGAUGACAGUAACGGACACAGCCCUGUGUCCCAGCCCUUGCUGGGAAGGCCAGUGUUUUCACCUGUCUGUUCUUAGCUAGAAAUGUCAGGCUGCUUUACUGGUAGUCGACAAUGUCUUAUGAAACUGAGUGAAGUACAAGAUGAAGAUUAACUUCAGUGUUCAAUCUGAGCCUAGUAUGCUUUGUAAAAAGCUGCGUAGACCCCCUGUCACAGCUCUUACAGUUGUGUAAGCUAUCGUGCCACGGAGGUCACUUACCCCACCAAGUACAUCCCUGUAAAAUUCUUUCUGAACUACUGUGUAUAAGCAGUACUUGUAAUCAAUGCAAGUAGCACAGGCCUAGAAGGCUGCAAUUGCAGUUUUUUACAAUCUUCUUUAAUUUGAAGUAAGUUAUUUCUCUCAAUUUAUACUAUAUACUUAUCAGGAUUUCUGUUUAGUGACAUACUCCAGUAUCUUUCCCUACCCUGUUUUAUAAUGUACACAUGGAUAUGUAUAUAAGCCUAUAUGUGUAGAUAUGGUAAAUUACAUUCUAAGCUGAUAGAGAUGAUGUAGGUGGCUUGGUAAGUGAAACUCGUGUGUUCAGUCCUGGUAGUAUGAAUUUCUGCAGUGAUACAGUUUAACUGCUCAGAGGCCUUAGAUUCAGGGCAGCAUCAGUGUGAUGGUAACGUUGUUUUUCUUAAUAUUACUGCAGCCUUAGGAAUCCUAUAAAGCAGUUUAUAGUAAAGAAAAAACACACCAACCAAACUUCAAGUAACUGUCCUGUUCUGCCAGAAGGAACCUUCAGGUGGGUUGGAAUGGGACUGUUUGGUUUGUGCCCAUUCCAGAGCAAGUUAGGUAACAGUCCUGCUCAUUUGCCCUGUCUGCCUAUGGUUUGAGGUCUUCAAUGGGACAACUUUCUCUCAGUGGGGUUCUGAAGUGAGAUAAACCUUGUGUCAGAGACUUUUUGCCUCUUUUCCUGGGAUGACUGCUCUGGGCUGUAGACCUUACUGCUGUGUGUGUGAAUGUGAGAGGUUUUUUUUUUUUUCCCCCCCCCUCUUGAGUACUUCAGAAAUCAAGAUCCAGUAUGCACAAGGAUUUCUGUGGUGGUUUUUUAUUUUCCACAUGCUUUUUCUGACUUGAAGUGGGACAUGAUGUAAAUACUGCUGUAGUAAAUAUGAUACUAGAGAGUUACUUUUUUUUUUGGGUGUGAUUCGAACAAAUUCAAGACUUAUUAAACUGACUAUUGAUGUAUUGUACUGAGUCUUGGAAGACAAAGUAAAAUUGCUUGCUUUCACUGAGAUUUACAAUCAUCUUUUCUGUUGAGUUGAAUGCUGACAUUUUAGUGAUAAACUUUGAGUCAAAGUUCUGCAACUAAGAACAGGGAGCUGUAAUCAAAAGUUGUUUUAAACUGUGUUUACAUUUAAAAUAUUAGGAAGUUUAUGAUUUGGGGUGUUAUUCAGGUUUCUCAAAGAUUAUAACCUUAUGUUAACAUUAUAGUUAAAAAUUACUGAAAUGUAUCCACUUGUCCAUGCAAGUGAUUGAUUGUGUGACCAAAACUGGCCUUGUGUCUCAGUGAGGCUGGUGAACUGUGGUGUGAAAGGAUGGCUAGCUCUAUUGAAAUAUUUCUGUUAAAACUUUAAGACAGCUAUUUAAAUACACUCUGUGAAACUGAAGAAAUGAAUGUCAGGAAAAAAAUCUAGGGAGAGUGAACCAGCAUAUAUGUCAUGCUUUUCAUGCUUUUGGGGAGUUGUUUGUCCUGGCAUCAAUGACCCAAGAACAUAUAAAAAGAUGAGAUUAUGUCUGCAUGUGGCUUCUGAAAAUGAGUUGGGCAAUUACUUUAAUUGAGCAGAGAUAGUUCCUGCUGAUAAGUACGCAAGUUUCAGAUGAGACUUUAAAACUCUGGUGCAGAACAAGUGUCCAGCUUUGCCUGUACCCAGUACUUCUGCUGGCACCUGUAGUCAGGAUUGUAGGGGUUAAGGCUGUGUUAGCGCAGGUUUUACAGUGAGAUAUAGAGGAUGGUUAAGAUGCUGUGUGGUUUCUAAGGUGGGUGAGAAAUUCAGAACUACCUUGUGCAACUCCUGACAGUGUUUUGUUUAAAAUCAGCUGUUCAUAUAGUGACACUGUCCACAUUAAAUAUAUGCCUCUGGCCUUGAAAAUGACAAGUUUAUGCAAAACUUCUUUAUAGACACAAUGCUACAAAUACACAAGUGUAAGAUACUUUUCACAGAAGCAUAUGGUCACUUAAAUGCAAGCAAAUGGUAAUUCAUUAAUGGAUAUUGAUGAUACAUUCCUAGUAUUUUGACUCAUGUAGAGUCAAGUGGUCUAUACCUUCAAGGUAUAUACAGCUGAUCUUAGUAACAUUAACAUCUGCCUCACUUCUUAUGAGGCAAAAAGCACAUAAAUGCUUCCAUCUUCAACUAGAUGCCACACAAGACCAAAAAAUUAGAUGUAAGCUAAGUGUUUUAAGUUAGCUGUUUCUUGGCUUUAUUCUGUGUCAGUAGCACAAUGUUAAGUGUAGUGGCAGAACCAUAUUGUGGGAUUUCUAAGCAUAAAGCACACACUUAUCACUUUAAGGUAAAGAAGAAUAGUAUUGGUUAUUGUAUGAGUAGCAGGUUUUGCAUUCAUAUGAGGCUUUGUUUACUGUCUGUAAUGUGAUGUUUAUCUUUGGCUGUGUUCUUCUGUGUUCUCCCUUUACCCUGUUGAGUGUUGCAGUAUCAUAGAAAUUAAAGGAUUUGACAAGUUGUUUUCCUUGUCUGGUUUGGAAGCACCACCUUGAGUAGUGUGGAGGCAGGGCUGUGUGCUGCAGGCAGGAGCUGUGUCAGCCUCGCGCUGAUGGGAUCAGCAGUGCACGGGCACUGCGCUGGCACUUCCUGUGGCUUGUGCCCAGGAGUGAUGGGUGAGGGGCUGUGGCCUCCCUUGGCCCACUGGCCCUCCUGCUUGCCCAUAUGUGUCUGCAGCACCUGAUGCUAUUUCAGGUGCUCACCUGUGCACAGCCUUCUGCUGUGUAGUAAAGGCAAGAUGACCCUUUCUUAAAGAAUUUUCAAUGUAAGCUAGAAAGGAAUAAGAUCAAAAAGAGUAGUUGGCUUCCUCAUGCACAUGUCUAUCCUGGAAUUUUAGGGGAAUGGUGUAGGUUAUUUUUUUUCUCUCUUUCCCUCCUCUUCCAGAAGCAGGAUGGGCUCAGGCAGUGUAUGUCAAGGCUCAGUGCACUAGCAGCUACGGUUUUGAAAUACCAAAUACAGGAAGGCAGCUAAACUCUAUUUCACAGAGACUCUGGUUUUAAAAUGGCAAUUAUUAAAUCUAGGUAAAAUCAUCUAAGCAGAGAGAGUACACUAAGGCUGUGUUAAUAAUCUCUUUGAAAAGAAAUGCACUUCAUUUUGUUUAAAAAAGCAUUGAGCUGUGAACCCUUAAAUACUUCAAGACAAUGAGAUCCCCUACCCCUAGGGUUAGUAUUUUUGUUGUUAUUUUAGUGCUGACUUGAGACAAUAUUACAUACAGGUUUACCUCCCCAGCCUGUACAUUGCAGAAGCAGAAAUGUUGGGCUCCUGAAUAUUGAAUUUACUAUUAGUAAACUGGCAAGUUACUGCAGUCACAUUGACAGCAUCUGGAAUGUACAGAAAUGCUGCUUCUGAAUUCAUCCAGUUAGGGAGAGCAAUCCAAGCCACCCACCCUUGCCUACGUGGAGAUGAGCUCUGCCAUGUCUCCUCCCUUACCUUGGGCAGAUGGUCUCUGAGGCCGUGAUGCUCCUUUUCUCUUCAGGGUGUGAGGGGUUGGCCUGCGGCAGGUCCGUCUGCCACACACAGUUCUGGCUGCUCAGCUGGCUCAUGUCUGACAGGGACAGUGGCCUCAGGGCUGGGGAGUUCCAGAUAGUAGCUCUGAAGGUUCUUGAACUGUAGCUUUUCAGUUUUGGCUCUGUUUUGUUGGGGACAAAGUCUUCGCUCAGGAUGUUCUGGUGGCGAGGGCUGCUCUGUGUUUAAGCAGCUUCUUACUGGCUCAAGAAGGGUGCAGAGUUCUUAACAGAACCAUGUCCCCCAGACCACAGUCACCUGAGGACCUCCUACGAGUUUCAUAUUUACAAUUCACACCUGACAAUGUCUGUGAGAACCUUAGGAAGGAGCACGUAUCUUCUGGGGAAUUCACACUAAGUGUGGUUUCCAGAAUCCCCACUAUGCCCAAUAAUUGGGGAGGACAGUGUGAGGGAAAUGAGAUGGAGCUCACUUAAGCAAAAACAUUGCUUUCCAUUCUUUUUCUUUAAAAUUCUGUAUUGCUAAAAGCAUAUUUUAAAUCCUUAAGUUCAUGAAAUUGAGAGGCUGAAGAAACUUGUUUCUAAAUGUGCCCGUAGUUCUUGGAGACAUUAACAUCUUGCCUUUCCUUUUUUAUGCUUUCCAGUCAUGCACUAUCUUAUUUGAUGGUGUAGGUGUUAAGAACAAAUAUUAUUUGUGACGUAGGCUAAACAUAAAACAACGAGAAGAGAACAUAGAUCUGCUGUAUGACCAGUAAGAAUACAUCCUUAAAUGGGAGGCACCUAAAAACUCUUUUUUCAAAUGUGGUGUUAGUAUAUGGAAGUUAAUUGUAUGUUCUCUAAAUAUGCCAGUAGUUCACUAACACUGAAAAGAGCUUCAUAAAUUCUUAAACUCUGUUUUGUGAUUCACAGUGCAACAGUAUCUGUGACUUUAAACAUACAGAAGCCUGUGGACUUUGGAGGAUAGCUCUGUCUUGGCAACAGAAAACCUGAAUUACCAUAUUUUUCUAAGUAAUAUUUUCAGUUCCAUUUAUUGCUCAGAGUUUAAGAAAAUAUAUACAUAGCAUGAAAUGUUUUAACAAAUAUAGUGGAUGACUUCAAGCAGUCAAAGGAAUAAUGACAGAAAUAUUCUGUAAAUGCUGAUAAUCCUGAGAUUGAAUUCCAGGCCAUUUAAAAGCUAUAUCUGUAGGAAGGCCUCACAGAAACGUAGAAGAUAGGAAAUCCCAAAUUUCAAAUGCUUUCGGUAUCUGGCUAUUCAUUUGUACCUACAUGAGCACUUUGCUUCUAAAUGUGGCAUGUUAACCUUAAGCAUUGCUGUUGCUUCCAUCCCCACUACAUUAAGUUUGGUGGUCGGCAUCACUGGAUGAAGCUGUUUGUGUCAGCUUUAUUUGGCACUCCUCAUGCAAGCACUGCUUCCCUAGAUACCAGCUAUUGAAGUAUCUAGGCACUUGCUUUGGUUUCAAUAUCUUUCUUCUCCCUUGUAGUCUAUACAGAGACAUGGCCUAGUGAGAGAUGUUCUUCCAUUAUGAAAAUGCUGGUAUUUAUCCAUUCACUUGUAUUUGAUCUGGUUUUUGCCACUACAUUCCAUUAGAACAAUCCUGUCACUACAGUAGGUCCUCUAACAAAUCACCACGAGCUCAUGGAAGUUUGAAUUGUGAAUGAGAGGGGAAAUGGCUUAGUUGCUGCAUAUAUAUGUUCCUUUAAAUUUCAAUAGCAUGAGGCACUGUCCCGCUCCUCAGUGCACCUACAGCCAACUGAGCCCACAAGUGUCUUCCUUGUGCCCUGCCAGCAGUUCUGGCCAUGCCUUACUGCCUUCAGGGCUGCAGAUGGAGACCCAUUGCCCCACAGGGCAGUGUGUAGUCUCAUGCUUUGAUUGAAGUCAGACUUUGCAUGGUUCUGGGGCAGGACUCGCUGUGCUCUCUGUACCUUCUGUAUCCCCGUCAUGGAGCACGUGCUGGACCUUCUGUGUCCCAUUCAUUGAGCAUGUUCUCUGUAGUUUGUCCCCACUCAUUGAGCAUGUGCUGGACCUUCUCUCUCCUUGUAAAGAUGAGGAAAGUGGUGUGGUGGUGGAUGUGAUUUGUGAUAAACUUUCUCCUCUCUGCCUUUAUAUAACAAAAUCGAGGCCCUUUUCAUUUUUUAAAGGUAGGUUUAAAAGUGUUUUUGUCAUAUUUGUCCUGAUUCGUGUUGCUUUCAAAACAAAUGGACAGAAAGUGAAGAUACAUUUGGGUCACAGAUUUGAAAUCUUCAGAUGUAUGAAACACUCGUACACAAAAAGUAUGGCUAGGAAAUGAGCAUUGCUCUUGUCUUGGUGAAGCUUUGUGUCUCAAUUCCCUGCUGAGGAGACUGUCCCAUGUGUGCUGCUGGCCAUCGCAUCAUGUGGAGGCAGCUUCACCCAGACUUGGGUGGUCCCAUCACAAAAGCGCAGUCCUGAGCUGCUGCUCCUGUGGGCGCUGCUCGGACCUUCUCUCACCCACUUUCAGGUUUUCCAUUGCAGUCUUAGGAGUUCAGUUUACAAAACAAAAUACAAGAAGUACACACAGUCUUCAUUGUGCAUGAGGCUGAGGUGUGGAAUGGAGUUGGUGGUUCCCUCUAGGUAUCAUCUGUGCUUGGGGCUUUGACUUCUGCAGCCUUGAGCAGCUGAUGAUGGUUCUUUCACAUGGAUGUGUCUUGGAUAGAGGUAAAAUACAGAUGCUUGUAGUGUUACUGUGAUAAUUAGAACCAUUUUCUGUUACAUACCUUCU